AAAUGAAACUAAAAAAAAAUAACUACACUGUAUAAGCUUGUUUCUCUCUCUAUAUAUAUAUAUGAACGGCGACCUGAUUGCCGCCGGCCUCUGACUUUAUCAACGGUAAAUUUUACUCCGGCGAAUCUUAUACACAGGGUUCAUCGAUUUUUAUAUAAGCAUCCAUCAAUUUAUAGGUAAAGAAGAGAAGUGUAGAUAGUGAACUGCUCCUCAGUGCCUUUGGUCAAAGAACUGAAGGACUGGUGUAGUUUUUUUACUAAAGACAGCUAAACAUCCUAUAUGUGCUUUAGGCUGUCUACUCCUAGUCAUUCAGAUGAAGAAGCUUUUCUUUUUCAGAUCAACAUCAUCAUCUUCAAGUGGUGCAAAUAAUGAUUCUGUUCCACAAGAAUCAAAGGAUGACCAAACUUUCUGGGGAAAUAACUCGAAGUUCAAAACAAAUGAUCAAUCUAAUGAGAAUUCUAGAGAUAAUCAUCAAAGCCCCAGGCGUUCACUUUCAAAAUCUCGAAAGCACGUAUCUGAAGAGCAGUCCUCACAUCUCAGUCCAUGCCUUCGGAGAAGCUUUUCGUUCUCAUCAGCUGCAUUCAAUGAAGCAGAUUCACUACAGAGAAAUGCUCAUGGCUUCAUAGAACAAACUGGAUCUCAUAGUAGCAAACAUGCUUCAUCAAAACAGUCAAACAGACGAUCAUCUCAUGGUCGUGCCCUUACUCCUCAAAGUCAAUCUAGGUCAAAAUUCCAUGAAGCAGUCUUACAUAAUGGAAGUUCGUCAAAACUGUCUGAUUCCUCCUAUUCUUCCAGGGGGCAAUGUGAUUCAUCAGAAAGCUCAUAUUCAAGCAAAGUUUUGGACCGUUACAUUGAUGGGGAACAACAAUACGAUAUUACUACACCUAGGAGCAAUUCACCUAUGAGGAAUCAAUUUGAUGGUCAGAAGAGUGGCUUGGGAAAACGUCCUCCAAGAGUUCAGCACACGGCACCUACAUCACCGAUAAUCCACAGUACAAAGGAGAAACCAAGUUCUCGUUAUUCUAAAGGAAAUCAAAUUUAUUAUUCAUCAAAAGAUUGGGCAGAAAAUGGAUUUGGGAAAGAAUCACCUCGGACAUUAGCCAAGAAUGUAAUCGAGAGACUUUCCCAGUCCCAAUCUUUGCAAAAACCGUGUUUACAAGACUACAGUCCUGACUUUCCAAUUACUCUUGAUGAUAUCUAUGGUGGAUCUCAUAAGAGAUCUGAGAGCUUCACUGCUGCUGAGUUUUGUGGGAAUAGUCAGAUGAAUGAAUCUGAUGCAAUUCCUAACAGUUGUGAUCAAUAUGGCGAUGUGGGUUAUGCUGAGGCUGAAGAAGACUUGGAUUGCGAAUUACAAAGAAAAUCGAAAGAGGCUAAAGAGAGGGUUUUGCUGCUUUCGGAAGAGCUUGAGCAGCAGAGUUUCCUUGAUCAGGGUUUUACUGUCCCAGCAUUGGUUCAGAUGAUUAGAGACUUAGCUGAAGAGAGGAUAGGAAUGGCAGCCGAACUUUCUGCUUCUUUGCACGACAGAAUUUCUGAUAGGGCAUCGGCCCGGGAAGAACUUCAAUUGGUAAGAAUUGAACUGGAUAUGAGAACCCGGAAAUUGGAAAAGGAGAAGAGUGAGAUUCAGUUGUCACUAGAGAAGGAACUUGACAGAAGAUCGAAUGACUGGUCAUUCAAGCUUGAGAAAUGUCAAUCAGAAGAGCAUAGGCUUCGCGAGAGGGUAAGAGAGCUUGCCGAGCAGAAUGUCUCUCUCCAAAGAGAAAUCACUUGCUCAAGUGAGAGGGAAAUUGAUGGAAGGAAUAGGGUGGCACAUACAGAUGUGCAACUUAAGGAUUUGACAGAAAGGUUGGAGGGACUAAACGAUGAGAAUCAUAGUCUUCAUUGUAAUAUUUUGGAUAUGCAGGAGAAGCAUAAAGCCAAAGAAGAAGAUCGAGAUUUGUUUAAAAGAAACUAUGAAGAAAAGGAUAAAGAGUGCAAGGAUCUUUAUAGAUCUGUCUCAAGGUUACAAAGAACAUGCAAUGAAUUGGAGAAAACUGUGGAUGGUUUACGAGAAGGACUUAGUGAGGAACUUAGUCAGAAUAGUUCGGUCCGUAAUGUUGACAAGAAUACAAGAAAGCUGCAAAUGGAGCAUGUUAGAUUGGCUGGAGUGGAACAAGCUUUGAGGAAGGAAAUCGAGUCCUACAAGAUGGAAGUUAAUUCUUUAAGGCAUGAGAAUAUCUCCCUUUUAGAACGUCUAAGUGGCAGUGGGAAGGGAGUUCUAUUAACUUUCAAGUUAGAUCAAGAACUAUUGAAUUGUAUAUCUUCCAUCCAGAAUCAAGGACUCUCGCUUCUUUAUGAUAUGAUCAAUGCUUGCACAAAAUUGCUCGAUUGUGUCAAAUCAAAAGCUACAGAUACAAAGAUAGGCUUCAAUGAUGAGUUUUUGAUAGAGUACAAUACGAAAGUUCAGGGAUUUAAGAGGGGAAUUCAGAGCCUAGCGAGGAAUUUACAGACAACAAAAGCUGUCAUAGAUGAGAAAAGCAAUUUGGGUGGUAUUGUUGAAUCUCGAUCAUGCAAGUCAGAGGAGGGGCCCAUCCAUGAUCAAAGCACAACGGAGGACGACACUAUUAAAUCAGAGCUGAAGGCGGAAACUUUACUAACGAAAUUAUUGAGAGAAAAGCUGUUAAGCAAGGAGGUUGAAGUGGAGCAGCUGCAAGCUGAUGUGGCUGUUGGUGUUAGAUGCAAUGAUGUUCUUAGAUCUGAAGUCCAGACUGCACUAGAUGGCCUUUCCUGUGCUUCUCACAGAAUGAAAGAUCUUGAACUUAAGAUUAUACAGAAGGAGGAGAAUGUAAAUGGGCUUCAAAAUGAUCUACAAGAAUGCAAAAAGGAAUUAAAUAUUCUGAGAGGCAUACUACCAAAAGUGUCGGAUGAAAGAGAUGCGAUGUGGGACGAGGUAAAGAAAUACAGUGAGAAGAACAUGCUGUUGAACUCGGAAAUUAACAAGUUAAAGAAAAUGGUAGAGGGUCUCGACGAAGAUAUUCUUGUUAAAGAAGGUCAGAUUACUAUCUUGAAAGACUCCCUAGCAGCCAAGCCUUUUGAUCUUCUCUCGAGUUCAGAUUCUAUACAUGACUUCCAGCUGCAAUAAUGAAUUGGAUUGAAUUGGAUUCUAUAAUCUCUUCCCUUUUUUUUCAUAGUUUUUUUUUUAUACUUGAGUAACAUGGAAGUUGAAGAUAUUCAAAUUCUUCAACUGUUAUAUUACAUUGGGAAAAACUGUUCCAAACUUUUUCUUCUUAUGUUGAUCAUUUUCACAAUGCAAUGGAAAUGAGUUGUCUUUUAAUAUAAAAAAGUAAUUGUUUGAAUUUU